AUGGUUGCUGGCAACAUGUUUGCGUUGUCGGAAGAUGUUACGAAUGAGUACAAUGAUCUGGAAAGGGAUGAAGUGAACAUAAUAUCCGGUGCACUUGACUUGAAGAAGAAGACGGUUUCCGAGGUGAUGACGAAGCUUGACGACGUUUUCAUGCUGUCGUAUGAAGCCGUGUUGGACUUUACGACGAUGUCGGAGAUUCGACGGAACGGCUACUCGAGGAUUCCAGUUUACGAGAGAGAUCGGUCCAAUAUCGUUGGAGUGCUGUAUGUGAAGGACUUGGUGCUGAUGGACCCUGAUGAUGAUACCCCCUUGAAGACGCUGUGCGAUUUCUAUCAAAAUACCUGCUUCUUCACGUUUCACGAUACGACCCUUGACGUCAUUUUCAGACAGUUUAAAGGAGGCGACCGUGGGCAUAUGGCUUUUAUUCAACAAGUCAUCGAUACGGGGGAGAAGGAUCCGUUUUACGAAGUCAUCGGGAUUGUAACUCUCGAGGACGUGAUCGAGGAAAUUAUUCAAGCGGAAAUUGUGGACGAGACCGAUGUUUUCACCGACAAUCGGACGAAAAAACGAUUGCGAAGAAACGAAGCUCGAGAAAACGAGUCCUUAUUCGUGAACAAAAGACUCGACACGAAACUGCGGAUCUCACCUCAGUUGGCCAUGGCUGCUUUGCAGUAUCUUUCUACAUCCGUGGAAGCUUUCAAACCGUUUCGAAUCUCGGAGCAGAUCCUACGAAAGCUGCUGCAGCAAGACAUAUUUUUUCUCAUCAAAGCGCCGAAAGUUUGGGAAGGCAAUGGAGAAUCGAGCUACAUGAUUUAUCAGCGGGGCAAGCCGGAAGACUAUUUCGUCCUUAUUCUCGAAGGCAGAGCGGAAGUGAUUGUUGGAUCAGAAAAUCUGACUUUUGAAGCUGGACCUUUCACUUGUUUCGGAAUGCGAGCCUUGGGAUUUCUCGACAAAGAUGAUCCCGGCCCUGCUGAUCAACCAAGAUUUAGCAUAUUCAGCACUGGAGCUAUUCAAAACUCUCGUUCAGGUUCACAGCAGUUGAAUUCGGUUCAUUUCUCCCAAAGCCAAGAGAAGAUGAGUCCUGGCACGGAAAAGAAGCUCCUCUCUAAAAAACCGUCAACUUUGGCGAGAAACACUUCACACAAGAAUCCGUCCCGAGACCCUCCCGGCGACGACACCUUUGAGGAAACGGCGUUGUUGGUACCGCCUUUGUGCCACUCACGCCCUACGCUCAAGAAGAACAAACAAAAGAUCAACAACAACAACAACAUUUUGGCCGGGUGCUCAGGCGCGUGUCCCCAUUGGAACUCUUGUCCCUCGGUUAUGGGAAAACCACCACCACCUGACAAUCCCGUGAGGAAGAAUUAG